AUGGCCCCGGAUGAAGACCCAGGACGCCGAUUUACUGGUCCUCCUUCUCGGCACGAAAGCGAGCGACGCUUGAUAGAUCCGCGACAUCCUGCUUCGACAUCGGCAACUUCGUACAGCGCGCCUGGUCCACUGCAUGUCAUGUCGGGGCCUUCGCGAGACGUCGAUAUAGGCCUAAGCUCACGUCAUCCGGUGAUGUCGACGGCGCCCGAGCAAGCUGUGCCAAUGCCCGGUGGCGGCGUUCCGCGGCAGGGAUAUCAAGUUGCGGCUCUAUCAUACAGUCCUUAUUCGGCGACCCGUAGGGGUUACGGGGUGCAGACUAGACCGUUGGUGACCCAGCAGCACUCUGGCUCAUACACGAGCCGCGCACCGUAUGAUUUCGGAACCGUAGGCGGCAGCGCUGGCGGAUUGUUCGGAGUUGCAACCCCAGCUCCCGCGCGGUACGGGUCUGGACAUCCUGAGUACCUCCCUGGCUCGUCUGGCCAGCCUCUUCAGGCCGACGGACAAGUCUCUUCCCGUGGUUUCGGAUCCGGCACGCCUUAUGGCCUUAUGGACCCUUCUCGGAGGUUCAUGAACACGCCGCCGACGCCCGCGUUCGGAGCACCUGCAGCAAAUUCUUACUCCUCAGGACCUUUCCGGGUCCUUCCAAGCCACGAUUGGCCUGGACAGGCUGCUCCCAACCCAUCGCAAGUCUACGGCUCGUUCACGGCAGGGCAAGCGUCGAACAACAAUGCGUACUUGGGCGGCAGCGGAGGAUAUGGGAUUGACCCCUACGCUCGAGUGGGUACACGAGCGGCGCACGAUCCUGCAGACUUUCGGGUGCUUCAGGAGCAAUCAGAUCAGUGGUGGCGGCAGGUGGUGCGGCAGCAGCAGCCGUCUUCCGGCACCGAUGAGCGCAACCCCGCCGUCAGCGUUACCCGGUCGCCUACGACUUCGCAGCCAGCACAUUCAACACCAUCCCAAGAACUCGGUAACGACGACGUCGCGGAGCCUCUCCAGCCAUCCGUUCCGCCCGUUCGGAGCUCCCCUGCGGGGACUGAUGAACCUCAGCGGAGCAGUGGACGCAGCCGUGCUAAAAAGCGCAUCAUCACGUUUCUUCGGGAAGAGGAUAAGAGGGUCGAGCUCCAGAGCCGCUUCAACCAAUCGGACAACAACAUUUGGAGGUCGAGCGUUCAGCAAGGCGCGGAGGCGCAGGCUCGGGCCUUGCGCAAUCAGCUCGACGAGCAGCAGGUCAAGGACAGAGUCUACGAAGACUUCCCGUCUCUGAACACCCCUUCCGAAGUGCUUUAUAUCUUUAGGCAGUUCAUUCGUCCGGAUUCGCUCCUCUUCCACCGAUACUUCGCAGCACGAGGUCGUCAGGAUGUCAGGCCCGCCAUCCCACUGCUCAAGCUCAUUACCUUGGCCUUCAUUGCACUUGGACGCAUCGCCGAUGAGGACGAGAUCAUUGAAUGGUUGGAGAAGAAGUUCCCUUGGUAUCUCGGCGCUUCGUUCAGCGACAUGGACGGCGCAACUGGGCCAGAUAAUCUUCGAACUCAUGUGGAAGCGAUGUUCGCUCGGAAUAUGAAUACCUACGAUAGCGUGUUCACUCCAGUCAACCCAGCUACGCGACGCCGAGGUGCUGCAUACGAACUGGCGAGCCGAGGCCGGGUCUGGCGUCUACCUAGCGGGCAUGAGAAUCAUGUCUUCGAAGACUGGUAUGGGUAUGACAAAGAUGAAACUCCUUUGUGGCGUCACCCAACUCCGAAAGAGCCUGAACCGAAGGUGAACGGAAACACCGCUAUACUCGGUCUAUCUGCGGAGCUGCGGCUUAUGAUAUUCGGCUUCAUAUUCACGUUCCACGACUUCCAACAUCAGACGCUGCAAGUGCGACAACUUAAAGUCCCUUGGCUGGAUUCCGACUUGCACCUGUGUGUCGAAGCUCCUGAAUGGGCGCAGACGGGGCCGCCAGUGCGGAGUAUGCGGCAACUGCCUGACAUAGCCAACCAAGACGGCUAUAGAACCGGUUGGUGGCGCAUCCCGCCCACAAACUGGCUGUUGGAGGUCGCUGAAAUCGAGGACUUGGUUGGAAUUGCUCAUCAGGCGCUGUUCAAGGAGAACCACUUCAUCCUGGAAGAUGAAGAUAAAGACAAAUACCACCGGCGGGUCCCUUUCAUUGCCUACAACUGGUUGCGGUCACUCAGCCACAACCAGCUGGCGUACUUGGAUCACGUCCAUCUUCGACUGGAGUUCUGUCCUAGCCAGCGGGGCCCUGAGUUACUGGCUAUGCUUCGACGACUGGGCAACAGCUGUUGGCUGCGCAGCUUCAAAUUGAGCAUGGAUGUCCGCCGAUUGCCACUUGAGGAGCGUCAAGAUUUCCGAAACAUCCCAGGGUUUCAGGUUCUGAGGCGCUAUCGUGGGGUUGAAUUCCUCGACAUCGACAUCACUCCGGCUUGGCCGGAAGCCGUGAGCGAGCUGACAGCUUGCAUCCAGAAAGCCAAGCUGCGGAACGGGCUGGGAAAAGGCGAUAAGUGUAUAUAUCCAGCUCUGGUGAUGAAGCCGCUCAAAGAGUCGACGAUAUUCAAAUGGCGACGGGGAAAAUUCAACCGCUUGUUGGCGGCUUUCGGCCGGGGUGCCGCAGAUAUCAUGAAGAAGAAGGCCGAUGCAGCGUGGGUUGCGCAGCAGAUUCUCGAAGACUGGGAAGAUCCGGAAGAGCAGCGCUGCAGAAUCGAACAAGAACAGACGAGUAAGGCGGCUGCAGCUGCGAACACCCAGUCAAGCACCAACUCCGGAACCCAGGCAAGCCUCUUCGGACACGCCCGGUCACAUACCACGGAUGGUCAAGAGGAUGUAGAUAUGGAAGAUGCGGACAUGCAGACUGUUCUGCUGGAGGACGCUUCGGCCGCGCGAAUCCACCAGCGUGGCGCUUCGGGGGAUGUGGAUAUGGAAGACCUGGAUGAACAAACUGCUCCGCUGAAUAAUGCUGCAACUACACAACUCCAUCCACAUAGGCGUCCAGAGGAUUACGAGGGUCAGACCGGCUAG